GUGUAACUUCCGUUUGCGUCCUUCUUCCUUUACGACCAGGUAAGGCAUACGAGCUGCCUGGUUCGCUGAUAUCUGAUGCGUGAAAAGUUGUAAAAAGGACGCCCGAUGUCGUUAUCAACGGCGAGACCUCUUGUUACGGUGUACACCGACAAGAAUGAAUCUUCGGAAGAUACAAUUUCCUUACCGGCUGUAUUCAAAGCCCCAAUCCGACCUGAUAUUGUGAACUUUGUUCAUCAACAAGUUUCAAAAAACAGUAGGCAGCCCUACUGUGUGUCUAAGGAGGCUGGUCAUCAAACCUCUGCUGAGUCAUGGGGUACUGGACGUGCCGUCGCACGUAUCCCCCGUGUGCGAGGCGGUGGUACCCAUCGCUCUGGCCAGGGUGCGUUUGGCAACAUGUGUAGAGGUGGACGCAUGUUCGCACCGACAAAACCGUGGAGACGGUGGCACCGUAAAAUCAAUGUGAAUCAAAAGAGAUACGCAUUGGUUUCUGCCAUCGCUGCAUCUGGUGUUCCAGCCCUUGUACAAUCUAAGGGUCAUAUGAUUCAGGAAGUCCCGGAGUUCCCACUAGUUGUAUCUGAUAAAAUUCAGGAGUACAACAAAACAAAACAAGCAGUAAUCUUCCUCAGGCGUAUGAAAGCAUGGAACGAUAUCCAAAAGGUAUACAAGUCUCAACGUUUCCGUGCUGGUAAGGGUAAAAUGCGUAACCGUAGGCGGAUACAACGUCGCGGACCUCUGAUCGUGUACAACCAAGAUCAGGGUAUUCGUAAGGCGUUCCGUAACAUUCCCGGUGUGGACCUUAUGAAUAUUAAUAAAAUGAAUCUGCUGAAACUGGCGCCUGGUGGUCACGUUGGGCGAUUCGUGAUUUGGACAAAAUCCGCUUUUGAUAAGCUGGAUGCUCUUUACGGAACCUGGCGCAAAGAAUCCCAGUUGAAAGCAGAUUACAAUUUACCUUUUCCGAAAAUGGCGAAUACUGAUCUCUCCAGACUUCUAAAGGCUGAAGAAAUCCGCAAAGUAUUGAGAGCGCCAAAGAAGAAGGUGGUUCGCAGCGUAAAGAAACUGAAUCCAUUGACCAACACCCGCGCGAUGUUGCGUCUUAAUCCAUACGCUGCUGUUCUGAAGCGCGCGGCAAUCUUGACGGCGAGGAAACGCCAACAAGAGAGGGAUAUUCUUCUCGCGGAGAAGCGUGGCAUCAAGCUGCCGAAGAACACGCCCGCCGUGAAGACUAAGUUGCUUCAGGAGAGACGUAAGAAGCAACUUUUAGCCGCGAAGAAAGCGAAGCCUAAGAAGAUAAUCACGAAGAAGGCUUCUACUCCCGCACCAGUGGCAAAACCAGCGAAGGCGACAAAGACCGAGAAAACAGCAGCAAAGAGCGCAACGAAAAAAGCCGCGCCUGCUAAAAAGUAAUAAUUUUUUAUCAACAACUGGUUGUUGACCCAUGAACUUUAUUUGUUUUGAAUAAAAUGUGGGAAGACGACUAUAGGGUGAA